AUCUGUGACACAAACCUCUAUUUAUAAUAAAAUAUUUACUGGCAAUUUGUAAUUAUGAAGCUCAAUUUCUCAGUUAAGUAACUACAAUAACAUUGUGAGGUUAGAAAUACUAUCCUGGCCUAUUAGUGCUACUGGAACACUGAGUUGCAAUCAAUGCACAGAAAUUCUUGUGCAACACUCUGUUAACUUACUUAACUAGGAAAUUGCUACACUUGCAAUAGUGUUGUUUCAAAUACCAUUUUUGUAAGAGACUGUUCAGAGGUUAAUGAGGUAAUUAUAAUACUCUUAAUCAAUACCUUCUCUUAUGAGGGUAAUAAAUAACACUUGUGCUGCCACUGAAUCUUAUGCCUGCAGUCGUUCAAUAGCUCCAGAGUUUUUAUUUAUAAUGCAGUCAAAUAGUUUUGCAUUUAUAGUUGCAGGGUGCAACUGAGAAACCACGUUAACCACGUAAAAAAAACAAAAAACCUGCUUGAGGCUGUCUUACGUUACUAUCUCCAAUGUCAUCACUGAAUUACUUGUGGCUGACCUAAGGCACUUUGUUUGAGAGCUAUUUCAUGGUCUAAUAAUUGCUCAUGGAGAAUAUAAAAGUACAAAUGUGUCCGCUCACAUCUAAAGGCCAAGGAAAGUGUGUUGGUGAGCAAGGCUGUUGAUGUCAAAAUACUAAAUGUUUUGGGCGCAAACCCUGCACGCUCUUUAGCAGAACAUGUAAACAUUUACACUGGGGGUAUGAGUCAACCCACUUUCCCAUUUUUUCCCUCUUUUCUCCUCCUCUUUCCAUCUUCUCUUCAAAUCCUCAUUACACAGGCUCUGUGUGUUGCUCUAUUCUUGUGUCUGCUGUCUGUUACUCUAACUGAUCAGCCUUCCUGUUGCUGCAGAGGAACUGUGUGCAGCGAGAUAAGGAUAGUGAGAGCACAUGCUUGCAUUGGGGAGGUGGGGGGAGGAGAGGAAAAGUAACAGAUACAACGUGAAGGGCGAAAGGUUGGCUAAUUAGGAAAUUAGCAGAGAUCACUGCAGGUCUCGGAGUUGUUUUUGCAGCCCUGGAGUGUCGAGCGUUGUGAAUGUGAGACGGCAGCCACAGCAACCUGGACGCCAGAUGGGGACAGAGGUCCAGUGUGGGCUGGCCAGGCACAGCAGCAGUGGGGCUUUAACAAAGCUGAGGUGGUGAAAUAUCAGAAGAGAUCUCCUCUGGGAAGCUGUCGUCGCUGAGGAACAAACAAACCUCAAACAAACCUGCACAGGCAAGGAUUGAGGAGACCCGCAUAUUUCCAGAGGACAAACUGAGCAUGUGAAAAGAGGUGAACUGGAGUUCCAGGGUGAAGCAUUCAGGGCCUGAGGAUCACAGCGCGGGAUACGCAUGUUGAUGCACUUUGACUCCUCCGGCAUGGGACACGUGGGAGAGCAGGACUAAAGGGAGGAUCAGGCCUUGAUAUUAGAUCUUGUUCUGGAUUGAGGACAGUUUGCGCCACAUACGGCAGAUUCUGUCUGCCACAGACGUGAGUCGACGUGGUAAAAAGUCGAUGAGGGGGACUGCGUGGGAGGGAGACAGCCAAAUAGAGUGAGACAGCCAGUUUUAAGUGGAGGCUGGGGGAGUUUUCUUUAACUGGUUGGCUCCACCAGGCCCAGAGCUGACAGCGAUGAGUCAGAGGAAGCUGACACGACAGCUGAGGUUGUGGGAGAGCCCUGAGGGUCCACCUCCUGCGCCCUCUCUCACCUCACCUGUGUCACCGGUCGAUCAGUCUCGCGGACAUGGAGGCUCUGCUCUGUUUCGCCGCAUGAAACUGAACCGCAGCAUUCAGGAGCGCAGACGCUCAUCUCACUGUAUUUGCAGCUUCGAUUCAGAAAAUGGUCCCUCGCCAGGCCGCAGUCCCAUGGAUUCGCAGGCGAGUCCUGGGUUGGUGCUCCACCCUUCAUUCCCCCAGAGCCAGCGCAGGGAGUCCUUCCUGUACCGCUCGGACUCAGACUAUGACACGUCCCCCAAAACCAUGUCACGUAACUCCUCCAUCAACAGUGAAGGGCACGCAGAAGACAUGAUUGUCACCCCUUUCGCUCAGGUGUUGGCCAGCCUACGAACCGUAAGAAGCAACUUCACCAUCCUCGCCAAUGUCACAACACCCACUAACAAGAGGUCACCAGUGACAAGCCAACCCACUGUUCCCCAAGCUACACUCUCAGAGGAGACAUACCAGCAGAUGGCUCGGGAGACUCUGGAGGAACUGGACUGGUGUCUGGACCAGCUGGAGACCAUUCAGACCCACCGCUCAGUCAGCGAGAUGGCCUCCAACAAGUUCAAGAGGAUGUUGAACAGGGAGCUGUCCCAUUUGUCAGAGAUGAGUCGCUCAGGGAACCAGGUGUCAGAAUACAUCUCCACUACCUUUCUAGAUAAGCAGAACGAGGUGGAGAUUCCAUCCCCGACUUUGAGGGAGAGGGAGAAACCCAUGUGUCACAUCAGUGGUGUGAAAAAGCUCACGCACAGUUCCAGCCUUUCCAACUCCGCCAUGCCGCGCUUCGGCGUGAAGACUGAACAUGAAGAUGCGUUAGCCAGGGAGCUGAACGACUUGAACAAGUGGGGCCUUAAUAUCUUUCGUGUGGCAGAGUUCUCUAAUAACCGACCCCUCAGCUGCAUAAUGUUUGCCAUCUUCCAGGAAAGAGAUCUACUGAAGACUUUUCAGAUCCCUGUGGAUACAUUCGUUACCUAUGUAAUGACCCUGGAGGACCACUACCAUGCCAAUGUGGCCUACCACAACAGCCUCCACGCUGCAGAUGUCACUCAGUCUACUCACGUACUGCUAUCUACACCGGCUCUAGAUGCUGUGUUCACUGAUCUAGAGAUCCUAGCUGCUUUAUUUGCCGCUGCCAUCCAUGAUGUCGACCAUCCAGGAGUGUCCAACCAAUUCCUCAUAAACACCAACUCAGAGCUAGCCCUGAUGUAUAAUGAUGAGUCUGUGUUGGAGAACCAUCACCUAGCUGUAGGCUUCAAGCUGCUUCAUGAGGACAACUGUGACAUCUUCCAGAACCUUAGCAAGAGGCAGAGACAGAGCCUGAGGAAACUUGUUAUUGAUAUGGUUUUGGCAACGGAUAUGUCUAAACACAUGAGUUUGCUGGCAGACCUCAAGACAAUGGUGGAAACCAAGAAAGUGACAAGUUCUGGAGUACUGCUGCUCGACCACUACACUGAUCGGAUACAGGUUUUGAGGAACAUGGUGCACUGUGCUGACCUGAGCAAUCCUACGAAACCCCUGGCUGUGUAUCGACAAUGGACGGAGAGGAUCAUGGAGGAGUUCUUCAGGCAGGGAGAUAAGGAGAGAGAGCGAGGGAUGGAGAUCAGUCCCAUGUGUGAUAAACACACUGCGUCUGUGGAAAAGAGCCAGGUGGGCUUUAUUGACUACAUUGUCCACCCGCUGUGGGAGACAUGGGGGGACCUUGUGCACCCUGACGCCCAGGACAUCUUGGACACUCUAGAGGACAACAGGGACUGGUACCAGAGCACUAUCCCACAAAGCCCCUCACCACCUCCUGUGGGCCAGGAUAAGGAACUAAACGCCUGCAUGGACAAGUUUCAGUUUGAGCUCACCCUCGAAGACAGCUCUCAGGGAGAGCAGGGAGACGAGGGUGACAAGCCUACGCCGAACCAUGUGGCACAGGACUGCAGUCAGGGGGAGGAAGAGGAGGAGGAGGAAGAGGAGGAGGGUAAAAAAGAGGAUGAUGAAGACAUCAUGGCAGAGGAGGAAAAUGAGGACAUAAUAGAAGAGGAAGACGAGGUGGCAAUGGAGGAGGAGGAGGUGGAAGAGGAGCAGGAGGAGGAGCUGAAAGCUCAGUUGGAGGUGAGAUCCGAAAAAGGGAGACUUUCUGACACAAGUCCUGUAGAGGAAGAGGAAGAUUCUUCUUCACAAGCUGAAGAUACAUGAGUUCUGCUUCUGUAUCUCCCUCCUCACUUGCACACAUUAUUUUGUUCAUCCUUUCAAUGGCCAAACCAAGAACAAAUAAGACUGCAAUGACAAUACAGACCUUUAAAUAUAUUUUUCAAAAAGGGAAUAAAUUAAAAUCGCUUAAAGAGAAGGUAAUUACACAGCAACUGUAGAUUUGGAGUGGUGACAAGUCCUGCGACUGAUUUCACAAAGAACUUUAGACUAAGAGGAAUAUAGGAGAGCAUUAAAGAUGGGCAACUGACAGCGUAGCACUCUGGGACUGGAAUGCACACACAUAAACACACAUAAAGUGACACAUACAGACCCACAGUAGAAGUAAGUCAUGUACAUGCAUGCAUCAGUCAUGCAGUAUCACUGGAGCCCAAAUAUACCCUGUCCUUUCUUGCAAACACACACAACCACACACGUGCGCACACACGCACAAAUGCACACACGCAAUCUCUCUCUCUCACACACACA